AAACAGUUAAAAAAAAAGGGAGGCAUGUCUGCCCCGGAAGUGGUAGAGGAAAUUUCUAUUUUGAUCCGGGUUGAUUUCCGGUCAAAGACGAGCAGGAUGGCGACUCACAUGUCGAGGUGCAGGACUUGGUGUCGGCUUCAGAGGUUUGGAAUUGCAGCCUACAGAAAGUACAGCACAGGUGGAGGAUAUCCCAAUGUCUCCCUCUCUUCGCCGCUGCCUGGCAUCCCAAAGGCAGUGUUCGCAUCCGUGGACGGUCAGGAAAAAUACGAGACCAAGAUCACCACUCUAGAAAACGGCCUCAAAGUUGCUUCUCAAAACAAGUUUGGUCAAUUCUGCACGGUUGGAAUUUUAAUAAAUUCUGGAUCGAGACAUGAAGCAAAAUAUCCAAGUGGAAUUGGGCACUUCUUAGAAAAACUCGCCUUUUCUUCCACAGCUCAGUAUGGGAGUAAAGAUGAAAUCCUUCUCACACUGGAAAAACACGGGGGCAUUUGUGACUGCCAAACAUCGAGAGACACUACCAUGUACGCCGUAUCUGCAGAGGUCAAAGGUCUGGACACUGUGGUCAGUCUGCUAUCUGACGCCGUUCUUCAGCCUCGCCUGCUCGAAGAAGAGGUCGAGAUGAUCAAAAUGGCCGUUCGCUUUGAGUUGGAAGAUUUGAACAUGAGGCCGGACCCCGAGCCGCUGCUAACGGAGAUGAUCCACGCUGCUGCGUAUCGCGGGAACACCGUCGGCCUUCCUCGAUUCUGUCCUGCAGAGAAUGUGGACAAGAUAGACAAGGCGGUUCUUCACAGCUAUCUGCGUAACUACUACUGCCCGGAGCGCAUGGUGCUGGCCGGCGUGGGCAUCGAGCACGAGCAGCUAGUCGACUGCGCGCGAAAGCAUCUGCUGGACGUGAAGCCCGUGUGGGGAGCGAGUUUAGCCACCAAUGUGGAUCUCUCUGUAGCGCAGUACACAGGCGGCAUCGUAAAGAUGGAGAAGGACAUGUCUGACGUGAGUCUCGGUCCGACGCCGAUCCCAGAACUCACCCACAUCAUGAUCGGCUUGGAGAGCUGCUCCUUCCUGGAGGAGGAUUUCAUCCCGUUCGCUGUGUUGAACAUGAUGAUGGGAGGAGGCGGCUCCUUCUCAGCAGGAGGGCCUGGGAAAGGCAUGUUCACUCGUUUGUACCUGAACGUUCUCAACAGGCAUCACUGGAUGUACAACGCCACUUCCUACCAUCACAGCUACGAGGACAGUGGGCUGCUCUGCAUCCAUGCGAGCGCAGAUCCCAGACAGGUGCGGGAAAUGGUGGAAAUUAUAACCAGAGAGUUCAUCCAGAUGGGCGGCAGCGCAGGAGAGAUGGAGUUGGAGCGAGCCAAGACUCAGCUGAAGUCCAUGUUGAUGAUGAAUCUGGAGUCCCGGCCCGUUAUCUUUGAAGAUGUCGGGCGCCAGGUUCUGUCUACAGGAAAGAGAAAGCUGCCUCACGAGCUCUGUGACCUCAUAAGCAGCGUGACAGCCAGCGACAUAAAGAGAGUGACCACCAAGAUGCUGCGGAGUAAACCUGCAGUGGCGGCUCUGGGAGAUCUGACGGAGCUACCGACGUACGAACACAUCCAGGCGGCGCUGUCCAGCAAAGAUGGCCGCCUGCCUCGCAUCUACCGCCUCUUUCGAUAAGACGCCGCCGCUGCUGCGUAACCCUGACGGGACGAUUACUUUAUCGUUUCCUCUCAAACAGAACUCGGCACCGCUCAGUCUGGGAGAGGACCGAACGUUUUUAAAGAAACUCUUUCUGCUGCGCUCAGCUGGGGAAUCUGUAUUUAUUGUCCCGGAAGCCACAAAUUACCAGGAGUUUGGUUUUAAAGGGACGGUUUUUCCUCCAAAAAACAAAAUAAUUAUGUUGCUUGUUAGUUUAUGGAUAAUUCAGAAGACCCGGUUUCUAAAUUGCUACUGUAAAAAUUAUAAUGUUCUUGCCCAAGGUGGAAAUGAUACGUUCUGUUAAUGCUGCCUGAAAUAAUUAACUUCAGAUAUGCAGGUUUUGACUCCACAGGAUUAAAUACUUCCCUAGCUGAACGUCUUUAAAAGAAGCAAAUGUUCUUUCUGUACACUAGAUUAUGGACAGCUAUGACAUGCAUUUUAUCCCAGGAAAUUACAGUUGUUUGUAAUAAAGAUUUGGAGAAUGAGGUUGUAAGAUAAGAUGGACUUUAGACAAAAUUGGGUAGAUUUUAGUUAUUGUCCAGCGAACUAAUUCAAUAGAACCUCAGCUAAGAUGUUUCUGUAUUGGAGAUAAGUAAAGAUCUUAUCUAACUUCA